UAGUGUUCGUGAUUAUUUAUUCAACAUUGAAUUGAAUGGAAACUUAUUUCAUAAGUUUAGAAGAUACCAAAUCCCAAAAGUCGGUUUUAGUAACGGAGUUCGCCGGAAAUGAAGUGACUAUGAAUGUUCUUUUCCAUCAGGCAACAUACUGUCUUCAUGAUGACCUUCAGUUUCGAACGCUCGUUCGGAAUAGAAACGGAGACUCUUUGUCUGAAAAAACAAUUCAUGACCUACUGAAGGGUAAACAACUUGGGGAAUAUCAUCUUCAGGCUAUUCCUGUAAAUGGAAGCUGCAAUCUAUACAUCAUACAAUCCAAACCAUUUCCCCUAAGACUGGCGUCCUUCCAAUUACAAAGUGUCUCAGAAACGAAAUCUAUUUUCGAAUGGUUUUGGAAUUGUGCUUCUAGCAUUAAUAAAACAAUUGACAAGAGGAUACAACGAUAUGCUGAAGAGUAUGAGCAACUCCAUCAACAACUGAGUGCACUUUACGAGACUACAAAACACAGAGAGGAGCAAAUUGUAUCAACCUUCAGUUCCAUGAUAAAAGAAGCAUUGCACAAAAAAGAGCUACAAGAAACUUCCGUGUCAGCAGAAACAACUCCAGCACAACAGUCUCCAGCAGUAGAAGCAGAAGUGCAGGACAUAGACGAAAGCGAAACCGCUCCAGAACACGGAGACUCUAGUCAUAGUGAUACAGACCCAGAUGCUGAGGAAACAACAUCCGAAGAAUAA